GGCAGCGGGCGGGGAGGCAGGGCUGGGAAGCCGGACUCCUCCUCCGGCCCGGCCGGACAUGGGCGCCAGGCACACCGGUGGCCCGCGGUGGCUCGGGGUGCGUGGGACGCCGGCCAGCCCCGCCGCGGCCCAGGAGCUGCCGGGGUGGCCCCCGCCUUGUCCCCCGAAACCCAUUCCGGCCGGGUCCCCACGGGCACGAGUGGUUCGCUGUGUGCAAAGGGUCCCCGUGGAGCUCUGCCCUCCGACGCCGAGCUUGGGGUCUUCGUGGGGCUCUGGUCCCGAAGAGCUCCGGGAAGGGCUGAACUCGUCCCCAGGGGUGCUCGUGUGUCCGUCCUGCCAGCGCUGUGAGCGGGCUGUCAGGGCAGGGAGCCCCGCUCAGGGGCUGUCCGUCCGUCCGGGCUGCGUGUCCGUCGGCCUGUCCGUCUGCCCGGCGGUGUCGAGAGGUGUCCGCCAGGCCGGGGCUCGGCCGGCGGGCAGGUGGUGGUGGUCGGGUGCCGCCGGGGGUCUGCGGGAGUUCGGCGGUGGUGCGGAUCCCGGCGCAGAGCCCGUGCUGAUGCGGGUUGGGCCGCGGCGCCUGCUGCUGGCGGGAUCCCGGUGUUCUCCUGGUCUCGAGGUGGUCCCGGCGCCCGCACGAGUCGGAAUCCCGGUGCCGCUGCGGUGCGGGUCGGGGUGCCGGUCGGGAUCUCGGUGCCGGUGCGGAUGGGGAUCCCGGUGCCCGCCCCGCCGGUCAGGUGACGGCGGCUGGAAUUUGACACCGGCGGCCGCGGCGGGAGCGGGAUGGAGCGGCCGCUGUCCCGCACUGCGCGCCUGCCCGCCGCCGGCGGCACCGCACCCCAAGGAGCACCGGGAUCCGCACCCCGAGGCGCAGCAGGAGCGGCACCGGGAGCGGUAUCGGGAGUAGCGGCGGGACCCGGUGCCGGCAGGACAGCGCCGGCCCCCGCCCGCGCCCCGCCCCGACGCGGCGGCAGCGGGCGGCGGGGGGCGGCGGGGAGCGGAGACGAUGCGGGGCGGCGGCGGCCCGGGGGAUGGUCCCCGCCGCGGGCACGCCAGCAUGGAGCCGCGAGCGGGGCCACCAGAGCCAAGACCUGCAGGAUCGACCAUGCACCCGCAGCCCAAGGAGGGGACACUGUGGGGACUCCUUGCCAUUCUCUCACUGCUGUCUGGGCUGGCUGCGGGCGCACUGCGAACACCACACUGCAACGAGACGCUGGACACGGCCCCCAUGCCACAGAGCAUGGCCACCACCAGCCCGGCUGUGGAGGAGAGUGUGGAAGUACCACUCACCGCUGCCUGGAGCCAGCUGUACGGGGACAAUGCAACGACGGGUCGCCCAGGCACUGUGGAGCUUGCAGAGGACCUGCUGCUGCGUGCUGAGCGCUCACCGCCAGGGGCCAGCAAAGCCAAGAAGGGGGCGCGGAAACCCUCGCGGGGGGCCCGUGGUCGCAACUGCCACAUCCGCAACCUGAUGGUGAAGGUGCGUGACCUGGGCCUGGGCUUCAACUCGGAUGAAAUCGUGCUCUUUAAGUACUGCAGUGGAUCCUGCCACCGGGCACGGAGCAACUAUGACCUGACACUGGGCAGCCUGCUGCGGCAGCAGCUCAUCACCCCAGGGCCGCAGGAGCGGGUCCUCAGCCACCCCUGCUGCCGGCCCACCCGCUAUGAGGCCGUCUCCUUCAUGGACGUGCAGAACACAUGGCAGACAGUUGAGAAGCUCUCAGCAGCGGAGUGCAGCUGCAUUGGCUGAGAAGGGGCUGCUGGCUUGGCCGUGGCUCGACACACACUGGCAGACCCUGGCUUGCCACACACAGUGGUGCCAGUGCUCAGAGGAGGGGUCUGGUGGAGGAGAAUGUCCCUGGUUUUGUGUAGCCACGAGGGACCGAGGCGAGAUGGAGCCAUGACAGGGGGUGGGUGGCCAAGCCUCUUCCCGCUCUGUGCCAAGAAGCUGGUGCCAUUGGCUAUGCAGGGUCCUGCCAGGGUGCACCCCAGCUCAGCACUGGAAGAAGAGCUGGAGGGGACACGGAGCAUCCCCAUUGCUUGCAGGUGUCUGCCAGCCCAGUGUCCACCAGCAGCGCCUGGCUUGUCCAUGCCCUGCUCCCACACCCCUGCUUUAGGGGAGCUGGGGCUGUUGCCCAAGCUUUGGAGUAGGACAGAAAGAGGGGAAAAAACCUCCCUGUCCCCUCGGGCACCCUGGAGCUGGUGGUGGCCAGAGCUGCCGUGCAGGGAGGGGGUGUCCCUGAAGACGAGUGCAGCAGGGCCAAACCACACCAGUGCAGGGUAGGGGACCUGCACUCAACUGGCAGCAGCCCCAAGUGCUCAGCAGGGUAGCAGGGCAUGGGCACCUGCUGGGACCCCUGCCGGGACCCCUGCCUUGCUCCCAGGAAUUGGCAGGGUCCCUCUGCUGCCCCCAUGGUGCUGCGGCACUAAACUAUUUAUUUUACUCUAAAUUAUUUAUUUAUUGUUCUCGAGCGGCAGCUCCUAUUUAUGACUUUGGGCCCCCGGGGGCCGGGUGUAAUUUAACCCCAGCGCUGCUGUGAAGCCCUGGGCAGCGCCCCGUCCCCCGGUGCCCCGUGCCCCCAGCCCCUUUUUCUAUUAUUUGUAAAAUUUGAGGGAUAAACUCUAUUUUUGUACAGUCGCCUUUUCCUGUAGCAAUAAAGUGAUGGGCUGC